GCUGGGAGGGGGUUGGGAGGGCACUGGAUGGUCCUCGGGCCCCGCCCCCCCAGGCCCGCCCCCUCCCGCUAUUGGCCGAGAGCUGACGCGCCCCCCGCGCGCCCCCGCGCAUGCGCAGCGCGAAGCCCCCGGGUCUGCCCCGCGCGCGCGCCUGGCCGGGGUGGGCGGGGCUGCGUCCGGCGCGCGCCGGGCAGCCCCAACCGGAACCGGAAGCGCUCGGGGGUCCUUGAGAGGCCUCACCGGAACCCGGAAGUAGAAGCCGGGGGGGGCGCGGAGAGCGGCCGUGAGAGCGACCCCCCGGGAUGUCGCAGCCGCCGCCCCCGGAGCCGCCCCCGCCCCCCCCGGCGCCGCCCCCCCCUCGCGGGGCCCCCCCGGGCCCCCCCCGCCGUGGGGAGGAGGAGGAGGAGGAGGAGGAAGGAGGAGGGGGGGAAGGGCCCCCCCCCGGGCCCCCCCCCGAGCCCCGCCCCAAGGGCUGCGUGUACCGCCUGGGCUCCACCCAGUGCCGCCGCUGCCUCAUCACGUUCCCCGACGCCGCCUUCGCCGCCCGCCACGCCAAGCGCCAGCACCCCCGCGACUUCGCCGCCGCCGCCCUGCGCGGGGCCCUCUUCGUCUGCUUCGUCUGCGCCCGCCCCUUCGCCUCCUCCCCCGCCCUGCUCCGCCACCAGCGCCGCCACGCCCCGGCCCCGCCCGGCCCCGCCCCGCCGCCCCGCCCGGCCCCGCCCGCCCCGCCCGCCUACGCCUGCACCGAGUGCGGCCGGGCCUUCGCCCGCGAGGGGGCUCUGCACCGCCACUACAUCCGCCACGCCCGCGGCGAGCUCUGAUGGGCGGGGCCGGGCGGGGCCGGGGCGGGGCCCGGGCGGGGCGGGGCCGGCCCCACCCCGGGCGGGGCGGGAAGGGGCCGCGGGGGUGG